ACAGCUAACUAACAAUCUAAUGUAGGCUCAAAGAAGUGCAAAUAAUAGUAAAAGUAAAGUUUACCCAUAUAUUGUUCCUGUGAGAUAUUACUUAAUAUUGCAUUUAUUUAUUUGCUGUAAAACGAAUCGAAAAAAACCAUCGAAACAACGAACAGCGCGCACAUCCGCUAUUAAUAAUACGCAUGCAAUCGAUACACAUUGGAAGCUUAUCGACUAUUGUCGAUGCACAAAUAUCAAAGAAAGCGUUUCAAGCGCCGCAUUAAAAGUUUCUCAAAAUCCAAACGGGCUGGCAACACUGGCCGACACACAUAAAGCUCAUGGGCAUAAAGCUUAUGCACAAAGCUAAACAAAAUCGAAUACAUACAUACAAACACACCAAACAGAACUCAGCAUUGGCGAGCGGUGGGCGAAUGCGAUAACUGCAUUGCCAAUCGGGCAUUGGGAACUGCAAGAGCAGCGCGCGCGUAGCAAUGUCGAGCGCAUCCACGUCGUCCGCUGCAGCCGUCGCCCACACUUGUGGCCUUGGCAAGCAGCAACGCCGUCGUUUGGCUGCUUUCGAUUUUGACCACACAAUUGUCUCACAAAAUACGGACACUGUUGUCCGCGACUUGUUGCCCAGCCAUCUAAUUGGGUCCAGUGCCCUCACCGAUCUAAUGGAGAACGAUUGCUGGACACAAUAUAUGUCCGAGGUGUUCCGUUUGCUGCAUGUGCAACAAGUAACCGAGUCUCGCAUUCGUGACGUCAUACGGUGCAUACCCGAAGUGCCGGGAUUUGUACGGCUCAUCAAGCAUUUGCACAAGAAGCUCAACUUUGAUUUGAUCAUCAUCAGUGAUUCGAACAGCAUUUUCAUUGAUGAAUGGCUACGUGCCCACAAUCUAUUGGACUGCUUCACCGGCAUCUUCACCAAUCCGGCCGAGUUCAGUCCGACCGGUCAGCUGUUGGUGCGUCCGCAUCACCAGCAAACUGAUUGUAAAUUGAGCGCCAGCAAUUUGUGCAAGGGUCGCGUGCUGGAACACUUUGUCAUCGAGCAGGAUUUACGGUAUAAUAUACGAUACGAUCAUGUCUUUUAUGUGGGCGAUGGCAACAAUGAUAUUUGCCCGGUGCUGCGACAGCGUGCCUGCGAUUUUGCCUGCGCCCGCCAGGGCUUCGCCAUGGAGAAGCAUCUGAUCAAGAAUCACAACAAGUUACGGUUGCGCGCCAAUCUGUUAAUUUGGCGCAGCGGCUUCGAGCUGCUCGACCAGAUGUGCAUGCUGCCCCAGUUGCAGGGACCGCCGAUCGGAUCGCAAUCGAUGUGUUUGGAUGUCAAUUGUAAGGCCGAAAUAGGACGACGUGCGUCCGCCGUUGCUGGCCCAGCUGAUCGUCAGCAGUAAAACAAAAAAAAAAAACGAAAAUUUUUUUGUGUUGUCUGCCAACCCAAUCCAAAGAGCGAUGGGUCUCGUGCAGAACUGUCGAAGUGGAUUGCACCAGUUGCCAGUUGUGCUUGAAGUCACUCUUUGUUCACAUCUUCAGUGAUGGCUCGCAAUUUCCGAAUGCAUCUCGCUGCUGCGUUUCGAGAAUUUCCAAAUUUAAAUGCGCUCCCAAAUAAUUUUUCCAAUUUCAACGUAAACAACAUUUGUAAAUUCUAUUUUUAAGUUAUUCAUUUUCUGUGGCAUUUUCUUGGUGCAUUUCACAAUUUUCAAUUUUCGUAUAUUUCCAAGAGCGAAACCAAUUUAUUGUAAUAUAACAUAUUUGAAUUUGAAUGACUUCUAUGGAACGAGUUCAAUUCGAGUCAAUUCAUCUAAUAUGUUGUGUAAGUUCGAGUUAGCGAGUUGGAAAAGUGAAUGAAUUGUUGUUGUUUUUUGGACAGGCUCUCAGCGAUGGGGCCAAAAAAAAAGUUGCAGUUUUUGAAACAAAGAAAAUCGAAGAAGAUGCAGAUCUUCGAUGUGAUAUAUAUCCAUAUAUAUAUAUAUCCAUAUAUUUGCGUAUAUGUUUGUGGAUUUCUUCCAGACACAUACACACACACACACACACACUCACAAACACUCACACAAACACACACACACACACAUGCAAUCCCUCUGGAAGUAUUGAGUGAUGGAAGUGGUAGUUGUAUAUUUUUUUGCCCUUAGCUGUUAACUGUACAACUUUAUUAAAUGUGUAUUUGUAAUGUUGUAAUUCAUCUUGUUUGUAUAUACAUGUUUAUAUGUAUGUGUCCGAAAAUAAAUUUAAUUAUUUGAUUGUUAAAUAAAGCAACAAAA